AUGGCUGGAGGGUCCAAGGGGUCGAAACUUCUCAACAUGUUUCGACCACAGUUCUGGGACCGCUUCUUACGAAGUUUUCUUCUCUUUGUCAAGACAAACUUUGGCAACGGCACAUCCCAACGCGCCCUCAAGAUCGUCGCGGUAUACCAAAUUGGCCUGUGGAUUAUUACAUUCUUCUCUGCCGUCAGUCAUAUAAGGGCAGAGCAAGGAGGCGGUGAGAUAUACGCGUACAUUGCUGGUAUGAUGGACGAUGUGUUAGAGCACCGGGGAGUCUUCAUGUUGGACAAGCGAACUGAGUGA